ACCGACCACGGAGUUCGAAUUUCAUCGUUCCGUGAAAGAGAGAAAGGGAAGUGUGGGUGGAGAUUCGAGUUCCCUCAAUAAGGAGAAAUAAUAAUAAGGCCAAAGGAGAUCUUCGGUCUUGUUAAAUCGGGGAGUUUUCUUGUUAACAAUCGAAACGAAUCUCAGGUUGGAGUUGAAGUCCUUUGGGAGAGAUCUGAUUCUCUCCUGAUUUCGUUUUCCAUGGCGAUUCGGUGGUCGAAGCUGUGUAUUGUAUUGUUCGCACUUUCUUACGCCAUUUGUGUCCUUUCCGGGAAGAGCUACUACGAUGUGUUGCAAGUACCGAAAGGUGCGUCUGACGAACAGAUCAAGAGAGCUUACAGGAAACUCGCUUUGAAGUAUCAUCCCGAUAAGAAUCAAGGAAACGAGGAAGCAAAUCGCAAAUUCGCCGAGAUCAAUAACGCUUAUGAAGUGCUCUCGGAUGAGGAGAAGAGGGAGAUAUAUAACAAGUAUGGGGAAGAAGGGCUAAAACAGUUUGCUGCAAAUGGAGGACGAGGAGGAGGAGGAGGGGGCAUGAAUAUGCAGGAUAUAUUUAGCCAGUUUUUUGGUGGAGGUUCGAUGGAGGAAGAAGAGAAGGUUGUCAAGGGUGAUGACGUGAUUGUGGAACUUGAGGCGACUCUGGAAGAUCUAUACAUGGGAGGCUCUGUGAAGGUAUGGAGGGAGAAGAAUGUCAUAAAACCAGCUCCUGGAAAGAGAAAGUGCAACUGCAGGAAUGAGGUUUAUCACAGACAAAUCGGUCCUGGAAUGUUCCAACAGAUGACAGAGCAGGUCUGUGACCAAUGCCCCAAUGUCAAGUACGAACGGGAGGGAUACUUUGUCACGGUUGAUAUCGAGAAAGGAAUGAAAGACGGAGAAGAAGUGUCUUUUUAUGAAGAUGGUGAACCCAUUCUCGACGGCGAACCUGGUGACCUUAAGUUCCGGAUAAAAACUGCACCACAUGCCCGCUUCCGGAGAGAUGGCAACGAUCUACACAUGACCGUCAACAUUACACUGGUUGAGGCGCUAGUUGGAUUUGAGAAAUCAUUCAAACACUUGGAUGAUCACGAAGUUGACAUCAGUUCUAAGGGAAUUACAAAGCCUAAAGAAGUGAAGAAGUUCAAAGGAGAAGGGAUGCCACUUCAUUACAGCACAAAGAAAGGCAACCUCUUUGUCACUUUUGAGGUUUUGUUUCCUUCUUCUCUUACUGAGGAUCAGAAGAAGAAGAUUAAAGAAGUCUUCGCUUAGUACUCCUCUCUCUUUUUCUCUCUCUGUCGCUCUCUCUCUAGAAGUUUGGGGUUUCAAAAAGAACUUGUGAUGGUCCUAAUGUAACAUGACUAGGUUCUUAAUAUAGAAAAAAAAAAGGAGAGACAAAGAGGAAGAUGAGAAAAGCCACGAGUUGGUUUUGAUCAAAUUGUCUUUUUUUUUUGUUUAGUUUCUUUUUGCUUUUGUUAAUCAAAUUAGUGCAUAUUUAUGAAUCGUCUAGGUUUUGGAUUA